AUUUCGUUGUGGAGCGCAUUCGCCUAAUCUUGUCCCGCAAUCUCCAAGACUGUAGCUAUAGCCAUGUCCAUGCAUAUUUUCGGUCAGCAGGCAACAGAGGAGAAAGCUGAAAAUGCCCGUCUGUCUUCUUUCGUCGGCGCCCUCGCUCUCGGCGACCUCGUGAAAUCAACGCUUGGGCCAAAGGGCAUGAACAAGAUUCUGCAGUCAGCAUCUUCAGGAGAGAUUCAGGUGACUAAUGACGGUGCAACGAUCCUGAAGUCUAUCCAGCUCGACAAUGCAGCAGCCAAGAUCCUCGUCAACAUCUCAAAAGUCCAAGAUGACGAAGUCGGUGACGGAACAACGAGCGUGUGUGUGCUAGCAGCAGAGCUGCUGAGGGAAGCGGAGAAGUUAAUUGCAAUGAAAAUACAUCCUCAGACGAUUGUGGAGGGAUAUCGGGUCGCAAGCAUUGCUGCGCUUGCGGCACUGGAGAAUGCAGCGGUCGAUCAUGCCUCCGAUGCUGCCCAGUUCCACCAGGAUCUUUUCAACAUUGCCCGUACAACCUUGUCAUCGAAAGUCUUAUCACAAGAAAAAGAUUACUUUGCCAACCUAGCCGUAGAUGCUGUGCUUCGAUUAAAGGGCUCAACAGAUUUGGAACACAUUCAGAUAAUCAAAAAGGUCGGAGGCAAACUCACAGACUCAUACCUUGACGAAGGUUUUAUUCUCGACAAAACCAUCGCCGUGAACUCCCCUAAGCGGAUGGAGAACGCAAAAAUUCUAAUUGCCAACACCUCAAUGGACACUGAUAAGAUCAAGAUCUUUGGAGCCAGAGUAAAAGUGGACUCGACUGGAAAACUUGCUGAGCUUGAGCGGGCUGAACGGGAAAAAAUGAAAGCUAAAGUCGACGCGAUCGCCACACAUGGUAUCAAUUGCUUUGUCAAUCGGCAGCUCAUCUACAAUUACCCUGAGUCUCUCUUGGCAGAGAAAGGUAUCAUGGUGAUCGAGCAUGCCGAUUUUGAGGGUGUUGAGAGACUAUCACUCGUCACUGGUGGCGAGAUUGCAAGCACGUUCGACAAACCAGAUCUGGUGAAGCUUGGGAGGUGCGAUUUGAUCGAGGAAAUCAUCAUCGGCGAGGAUAAGCUUAUAAAAUUCUCUGGUGUUGCUGCGGGCGAAGCCUGCACUGUUGUGCUUCGUGGUUCAACCAAUCAGAUGGUUGACGAGGCAGAGCGCUCGUUGCAUGAUGCACUUUCUGUCUUAUCGCAAACAGUCAAAGAGACACGCGUUGUCUUGGGCGGUGGAUGUUCCGAGAUGUCGAUGAGUUGCGCUGUGGAGGAGGCGGCGCGCAAGGUCAAGGGCAAGAAGGCGAUAGCUGCCGAGGCAUUCAGCCGUGCUUUGAGGCAAAUACCGACCAUCCUCGCGGACAAUGCUGGCUAUGACUCGAGCGACCUCGUUUCCAGGCUAAGAGCCGCACAUUACGAGGGACAGUCAGAUGCUGGGCUCGAUAUGAACCAGGGCACCAUUGGCUCGAUGAGACAAUUAGGUGUUACAGAGAGCUAUAAACUGAAGCGACAGGUCGUGCUAAGUGCAAGCGAAGCAGCAGAGAUGAUUAUCAGGGUGGAUGAUAUUCUACGUGCAUCGCCUCGGAGGCGUGAAGCAGUAUGAUGAGAGUAAUAUCAUUAGUGUCAUGUUUAAUAAUUCUAGCAGCAAUACCUUAUAGUAUGAUCGAGUGGUAUGCCAUGAUGUAUCACUUUUUGUUGCGAAUAUGAUGCAGCUAUACAACCCUCA